CGGCGAAUUAAGAAGGAUUAUUAAAGUGAAUAAAGUGAUGAAAAACGUGUAUUUGUGUUUAUUAAACAAAAAUAUACAAAAAUAGUGCAAAGAAAUAUUCAGAAUAGUGAGAAAUUUUGACAAAAAAUGGAAAAAAUCUUGUUUUGUUUAGUUUUUAUUUAUUCGAUAAACCCAAUUUUUCCGACGCAUUCGGGGAAUUCACAGAAAUUUUUACACGUCGAACAUGCCGAUAUUGGAUCAAAUAAACCUUUAUUGAUAAAAAAUACUGAUUUGGAUUUAGCUGAGGUUAUCAACCAAAGAUACAGAAGAGAUUUAACAUCGUCGGAUCGAAGUGAAAACUCGAAAAAUAUUACUACAAAGCACAACGCCCUUAAUGAUUCUCAUGCUCAGCUAAUGGUUCAUUGGCUUGGUGAAGGCUCCGAUGUGAUGAUUUGUUUGGCACGUGAUCCACCACUAGGUUCAAACGAUGAUCCUAAUACAACAAUCGCAGCACCAUCAACAAUUUUCAUUUCGUAUGAUUAUGGUGACACGUUUCAAGAUAAAACUGAAAAAUUUCAACUCAACAAGUCGAAUACAAUCAUAAAUUCAACGGUGGAUCUUUUUGUGACGCAUCCGAAGUUUAACACUAUUGUCUUCACGGAUACGAACAACAAUGCAAUUUUUACAUCCGACGACAAUGGAAAGACUAUCAAGAAUCAUUUACUCAGUUUCAAGCCAUCGGAUGUUUCCUUUUAUGAAGCUGACUCGAGAACAUUUCUCGUGCUUGAUAAAGAUGAUCCACAACGAACACUUUACAUAACAAAUGAUUUUGGUGUGACGUUUGACCGUUUACAAAGUUAUGUUAAGUCAUUUGUAUGGUCGUCAGGUGACAGUGUUCCGACACAUCUCUAUGUCGAACGAAAAGAACCGACAAACUCUUCGUCCAUCAUUUUUAUUAAUGCUUCGGAACUUUUAAGAAAUGGACCGAGAAAAUUCAACACGCUUAUCGAGAAUGUUCAGGAAUUUUAUGUGAAGAAAGAUUUCAUGUUUGCGGUUCAAAAGUCAUUGAACACAACAAAGCUUUUGAUUUCAUAUCGUCGUGAGAAAUUUCUUAAAGCUGAUUUCAUAACUGAACUUGAUGUCAAAGGAAUUCACAUUGCGGAUGUUGAAGGAAAACGAAUUUUGGUUUCUGCAAUUCAUAAUGAGAAAAUUUCACAUUUAUAUGUAUCGGAAGCAAAUGAGAAAAUGACGGAAAUUAAGUUUGUGCAAAGUUUGGAGAAUGUUUUCACUUACAUUCCCGAACUAAAUUGGAAGAGUAGUUGGUUGACACAAUCGGCUGAUGAGCCCUUCACCGACUUGUAUAAAGUUGAAGGUUUACGUGGCAUUUACAUCGCAUCAAGAAUCCAUAAAGUUCCAACAAAUGAUGCAAUUUCACCCGAUAAUCUCGGCUCUGUGAUAACAUUCGAUCAUGGAAGCACUUGGAGUCCUAUAAUCGCUCCGACAGUUGAUGACGAAGGUCAACCAAUUAUCUGCAAAGAUUGUAGCUUACAUUUGAGUCAGAAUUACACGUUCAGUGACGAUAAUGAGCUCAAAGUCUGCUCCGGGUGUCAUCAUGGCUUCCGGGUGAUUGGAAAGUCGUUGAAAGGUCAUCCAGGCGUUUAUAUAUCUCGUGAUGCUGGCCUCACAUGGAAGCAAAUCUUGAAGAAUUAUCAUUUCUUCAACAUGGGUGAUCAUGGUGGCAUUCUCGUCGCAGUUAAAUAUUUCAAGUCAAAAGGCGAAACCAGAGAAAUUCUUUACUCGACAGAUGAGGGCGAUAAGUGGUCGUCAUAUUCAUUCCAUAGCACUGACUUGAAAGUUUAUGGUUUGAUGACUGAACCAAAUAGCAACUCAACAAUUUUCACAUUGUUUGGUUCGGAAGUAUCAGAGCAUCGUUGGUUGAUAAUUAAAAUUGAUUUGAGAAAUGCUUUCACCACAAAUUGUACUGAAGAUGAUUACAAGUUUUGGGUUCCAAAGUCUCAUAAUGGCGACAGUUUUAUGCCGUGCAUUUUGGGACGUCAAGAUACAUAUCAAAGACGAAAAGCACAUGCAAAUUGUCAUAAUGGUAAAGAUUACGUUCGUCCAGUUAGUCAAGAGAUAUGCACAUGUUCAAGUUGGGAUUAUGAGUGCGAUGCUGGAUUUAGUCGAUCAACAACAAGCUCAGGUUGCAUCAGAAAUAGAACAUUGACAAAUUUUGAUCCUUUUGCUAUUCCUGGUAAUUGUAAACCUGGUCAAUUUUAUAAUCGCACAAAAGGUUAUCGUAAAAUUGAAGGCGAUGAGUGUGUCGAUGGAUUCUCUUCACUUUAUGAACCGCAAUCAAUUCCAUGUCCAUUUAAAUCAACUGGCGAAUUUCUCGUCGUUGCACAACGUGAUCGAAUUUCAAAAAUUAAUCUUGUUGAUGGUGUGAAGGAAAUAUUUCCGGUUACGGGACUUAAAAACGUCAUCGCAAUUGAUUUUGAUUUGGCCAACAAUUGUGUGUUCUGGGCUGAUAUAAUGACUGACGUUAUUGGUCGUCAAUGUUUGAAUGGAACUGAAUUACCGGAAAUUCUCGUUGAAACAGGUUUAGCAUCGGUUGAAGGGAUGAGUUACGAUUGGAUUAGUCAAAUGUUGUACUUUGUUGAUGGAAUGAGAUUAAAGAUUGAAGCAGUCAAAGUGUCAUCACAUCCAUAUGGUAAAAUGAGACGAACAGUAAUUCCAGCAUCAAAAUUAGCGAAGCCUCGUGGCAUUGCUGUUCAUCCCAUGGCUGGUUAUCUCUUCUUCACUGAUUGGAAUGCUUUCAACCCUUCAAUUUCACGAGCUAAUUUAGACGGUGAAGAUCGUCGUGAACUUUUUACACAUCCAGAAGUUUUCUGGCCGAAUGGCAUCACAGUUGAUUUCAUUGCUGAGAGAAUUUAUUGGGUUGAUGCUAGUAAAGAUUACAUCGCAAGUUCCGAUCUCAAUGGCAAAGGAUUCAAAAAGAUUCUUCAUUCAGAUACUCGCGUUGAACAUCCAUUCGCAGUCGCUGUGCACAAAUCAACACUUUAUUGGGAUGAUUGGAAAAUGAAUUCAGUCUUCUCAGCUGACAAGGAUCAUGGAAUUAUGAUUCGAACUGUUGCUGAAGACAUGCUUAAUCUCAUGGACUUGAAAAUCUUUGCACAUUCAAUUCAAGAAGGUUCAAAUGCUUGUACCAACAAUGAAAAAUGUUCACACUUUUGUGUUGGAGCACCGAAGAAGACUUUCAAAUGUUUGUGUCCUGAUGGAAUGCAUUUAGCAUCGGAUGGUUAUCAUUGCUUAUGUCCUGACGAUCAGAAACCAUUCACAAACAAUUCUUGUGCUCAAAGUGCCAACACGUGCGCUCCAGGAUUCUUCUCAUGUUCCAACAAACUUUGCGUUCCCAUGACGUAUCGAUGUGAUGGCGAAGAUGAUUGCGGUGACAGAUCGGAUGAGAUUGGAUGUGCAAGUAAUAAGCCAGCAUGUCCACCACAUAUGUUUACAUGCAUAACUGAUCAACAAUGCAUUCCUGAAUAUUUUGUUUGCGAUUAUGAGAAAGAUUGCAACGACGGAUCGGAUGAAAUCGCUUGUAAAGCUACUAAAUGUAAAGAAAAUGAAUUCACUUGCGAUAAUAAGCGUUGCAUUUCAAAGAAGUGGGUUUGCGAUAAAGAAAAUGAUUGUCGUGAUGGAAGUGACGAGAGAAAUUGUGGUUUAAAGAAUCAAACACAAGUUACGUGCAAGGAUGAAGAAUUCCGUUGUGCAUCAACUGGCGCUUGUAUUCCAUUACAAUGGCGUUGUGAUUCUGAUAAUGACUGUCCAGAUAAUUCUGAUGAAUUAGAUUGUAAUCGGAACACAACAUGUGACCCGUGGAUGUUUUCUUGUGGCGAUGGAAAAUGCAUUUACAAGACUUGGACUUGUGAUGGUGAACCAGAUUGUGCUGAUAAAUCUGAUGAAGCUAAUUGCACUACAACAACAGAUACAGCAAACAAGAAAACUCCAAUUAAUUUCGAUAUCAAUAAUUGUCAAGAUUGGAUGUUUAAAUGUGCUAACAAUAAAUGCAUUCCCUAUUGGUGGAAAUGCGAUUCAGUGAAUGAUUGUAAUGAUGGAAGUGACGAAAGAGGUUGUGGAAAAGAUGAAAACUCAACGACGACACUUCCCACGGAACCUCCAAAACCACCAAAAUGUGGUCAACAUGAAUUCCGGUGUGAUACUGGAGUUUGUAUUUCACGACGAUAUGUUUGCGAUGGUUUUGCUGAUUGUGGAAAAGGUGAAGACGAAGAAAAUUGCCCAGCAAAUCGCGCAUCAUGUGGCGCAAAUGAAUUCCGUUGUCGUAGUGACGGUAAUUGUAUGCCAAUGAGUAAAUAUUGUGACGGUAUUAAACAUUGUGCAGAUGGCAGUGAUGAAGAUUGUCAUUUUAAAACAAAUGCAACAAAUAUUCCAAACAAUGAUUGCAGCACAAAGCCAGGACUUUUCUUCUGUGACGAUACUUGUUUCCCUCUCAUGAAAAUUUGUGAUGGUGCACGUGACUGUAUGAAUGGAAAAGACGAAGAAGAUUGCGAUAAUAAACAACGAAUCUAUCAAGUCGUCUCGAUUGGUGUCAACGAAAGAACUUUGAAUGCGACAAGCUUCUUAAUCUAUUGGUGGAUUGCUGUGCCACAAAAUAUGACUUUCGAGUAUUUGCCAUCAAUCUUCAGUAAAGGCGUUUGGAAGAAUAAUACUGAGUGGAUUGAAUCCACUGAAUAUCGGUUCAAUCAUCUUGAAGCAUUUACUCUCUACAACGUUACGGUUUAUGUACGGAUCAAAGGAUCUAAAAAAGAAUUUGUUCCGUAUUUGCAUUACGAAGUCGCAACAGCUGAAGGAGUUCCAACUGAACCAAUAAAUGUUGAAGCUGUCCAAAUCAACGGAUCUCGUGUACAAGUCAGUUGGACAGCCCCAUUGAAAGCAAAUGGUCAUUUAGAAGGAUAUACAGUUUAUUAUCGUAAACAAUUACAAAGUAAUGCGAAUGUUCAUACAAAUCGCGUUAGCGCAUCUGAGCUUUCUCUCAUCAUUGAGUGGGAUUUCCAAGGUAAUGUAACUUAUGAGAUUUGGGUGAAAGCACGAAAUCGUAAACAAGAAUCGAUGUCAUCAAAACUUGUUCAAUUGACAUUUGAUGGAACUUCAAAUAUUGAUCAAAUUGAUGGACUGACGCUUGUCGAUAUGGAUGACACAAGCAUGACAUUAUCGUGGAAGAAGAUUAAAAAGGCUGAAGGAUAUAUUGUUCAACUUGUACUCCCACAUCCUUAUCCAAAAGUUGAACCAGUGAAAACUCAAAAUACUUCAGUAAAAAUACAAAAUCUCGUAAAUGGAGCUCAAUAUGUUGCACGUGUAUCUGCUUAUGUCAAGAACUACACUGGACGUUCUCAAUCUUUAAUAUUGAAACGAAAUGGAACACCACUUCCUGAAGUUCAAGCAAUUGAAACAAAACGUGAAGGCGAUUACAUCAAAUUAACGUGGAAAAAAGUUCCGCAAGAAGGAAAUAAGAAGUUUACUUAUGGAAUUUAUUAUGGCACAAAUUUGGAAGAGCUCUUUGAUCUUCCUAAAUUUAAAACACAAGACAGCAGCUUCUUGCUUACACAUUUGAAUCUGUGCACAUCUUAUUUGAUUGGUGUUGGAAUUGUUGGACCAACAGGACCCGGUCCACUAGCAAAGAAUCCAAGACAUAUUGAGACACAUUACAGUGAAUUGAAAGCACCACUUCAUCUUACAGUUUCAUUUGACGAUGAACGUCAAUCUAUGGACAUCUCAUGGGAACACAGUUGUUCACUUAAGAAUCAAAAUUACCCAAAUUAUGUCGUUACAAUGCGUGAAGUUGUGUUGAAUCAAACAGCUCAUGUUAUCGUUAAUUCAAGUUCAAACUCUACAUUGGUGCACACUUUCCAUGGUAUACCGAGAGGCGCUAGAUAUGAGAUUAGUGUCGCAACAACUGCAAAAGGCUCAAAACCAGCCAACAUUACUGUUUCAUCAACGCCACUUCCAAAGCCAAAAUUGAUGGCAAUUUACCCUGAGAAGAAUGGCUCAGUUGUGGUAUUCUGGAAAGAAGUUAAAGACUUGAAGAGUGAAAAGUUCACUUAUCAAGCUGUCGUUCGUCCUGGAGCAGGAACACGCGAAGAACGUGACAACAAACCCAUUGUCAUACUUGAAUCAGACACUCCUCCAAUAUUAGUCCAUCCAAGUCAUCUUGGCGGAGCUUUGUCUGCUGGUCAAGUUUUUAAUGUUGGUGUAAGAAUAAAGACGAAACAGGGUCUUUAUUCAGAGGUUGGUGAAUUUGAUAUCUUUGAAGUCCAACCUGAUGCAUUUUCGUCAACUGUGACAAGUUCAUCUGGUGGUGCUUGGCUUUUCAUAUUUACACUUAUAGUCAUUGCUGCACUCGGUGGCACCGUAAUGUUCCUCAUACAACGUAAUCGACGACUGAAAAAUUCAUUUAGUCGUUUUGCAAAUUCUCACUACGACACAAAAACGGGCGCAACCCGAAUUGGUGAUGUUAUGGAGGAUGAAGACCAUCAAGAAGUUCCUCCACGUUUUGAAGACGAUGAGCCGCUAGUGAUUGCAUGAGAUUAAUUGGAACUCAAACGUUUGAAAAUUGACUUUGUCUAAAUGAAAAUCGUCGCUUUAAAUGUUUUGUUUGAUUAGCGAAAUGAAAAAUUAACACAAAAAAGAAGAAAAACAGGAAAAGGAAUUAUAGUUUUUUUUAAUUUGUCAAAGAUUAUUAAAUAAGUUGUGACACGGUUUGAUAUUUUAUUAUUACAUAUCUAUCUAUCUAUUAUUAUUUUUUAAUUAAAUAUUAAGUUUUUCCUUUUAAAUAUAAAAAUACUAAAGAAAUAUUGACUUUAUUGAUUGUAAGAUUUUCUUCCUUGAACAUUUUAAGCUUGUGAUGAUUGCAAGUAUGAAAUGAGUGAAGAAAUAGAAAAAAACCUCAUUGCAGUGCAUAAUUGACUGUAUCAUAAUUUCACUACAUAAAUUCAUCCAGGAGAAGUUGAAACAAAGAUUAACGUUUAAUUUUCUUUUUUUUUAAUUCACAAAUUGUAAAUUGUUUAAAAUAAUUUAUUCUACUGCUGAUGAUUUCGGUUAAAUAUGCAAUGAAAGCGAUUGUAAAUAUUAUGUGGUAAAAGUUGAUAAAAUAGCAUUCCAAUAGCAUGUUUAUGUGUCAAAAAGAUGAAUAAUUGCCCCAAAACUGUUGAUCAUCUGAGAUUAUUAUUAUUUCAAUUAUUUUUUUUUAUUAUUUUAAAUGUAUUAAAAUUAAAAGAUGAUUUAGUUGGCAUAUUAUAAAAGAUUAGAAUAGUGGUCGUUAACUGAAACUGAAAAUUUCUGCUCUAGUUUACAUCGUAAAUAGUAUGAAAAAAGAAUCACCCAAGACUCUGAGAACUUGAUUUAAAUACAUAGAAUAAAUAACCAGAAAGAAAAACGCAAAGUUAAAGACGAUGAGAUAAAAUGUGAUAUUAAAAAAAUUCUUCAUCUUAAACUAAUUAACUGUGCUGAUCUUUAAUUUCAUAUUUUUAUUUUUCAUAAAUGUGCACUUUGUUGAUUCCCACGACACUUAAAUAGAUUCUUCAGCAAAAUACAAUUUAUGAACUGAAUUCUAUCCAUUUAUAUUUUUUUUUCAAUUCUAUUUUAAUAUUUCAUCAAUCUUUUUUGUGUGUAUUA